AUGUCGAUUGUACUUCCGGUGUUAGACUCUAGCAUGGAUGAAAGGGGAGGAGGAUUCUGUAAUUCUCCAUUUUUUGAUGAGCAGCAGACAUGGAACACAACAGAUCCCGACUUCAGUGCAUGUUUCCAGAAGACAGUGAUUCUGUGGAUCCCUUGUGCCUUCUUGGUACUUGUCACCCCAUUUCACAUUUAUUUCCUCACCAAGAGCCAGACACCAACAAUUCCCUUUUCAUGUCUAAACAUACUCAAAACAGUGUUGGCUGUGCUACUGGCUGUGGUUGCUAUUUUAGAUAUAGGAAAGAGCAUACAACAGUUUGCGACAGAAGAACCAGUACCUACCGUUGAUUUUGUUUCACCUCUCACCCUCUGCCUCACGAUGGUGCUAGCUACAUUCCUCAUCCAACAUGAAAGGAAACAUGGUGUACAGUCAUCAGGGAUCAUGUUUUUAUUCUGGAUGAUGCUGCUAAUAUCAGGAAUCUUUAUCUUCCAAUCUAAAGUGAGAACAGCAGUCAGGGAGGGUGUUGAUGAUCUCUAUCGGUUUGUCAUAUUCUUCAUCGAGUUCCCGCUGAUCCUCACACAGUUUAUCCUGACGUUGUUUGUGGACAAGAGGAAAAAUGAAUUUGUGCCAACUACAGAUUUACAUGAUAAACCUUGUCCAGAGGAUGAUUCGUCCUUUAUAUCAAGGAUAAGUUUUUGGUGGUUUUCUGGUACGGUGGUACAGGGAUAUAAACAUGCUCUGGACAGAAGUGACCUUUUUGCCUUGAAUGAGGAGGAUAUGUGCAGCAGUGUUAUCCCUCAUUUUGACAAAUACUGGGAUCAAGAGCUAGAGAAAGAGAAAAGUUCCAAACAAAAUAUUGAAACUCCCCGGACAGAUGGUAUUGAGUUACAGACACGAAACCAGGGCGGAGAAACUUACACAGAAGUUCAUGUUGUUGAGGGGAAACCACCCUACAAAGCCAAGUUACUCAUCUGCCUGAUCAAGGCAUUCUGGCCUAUGUUCCUUCUGUCUGCUCUCUACAAAUUGAUUUAUGACAUUCUUCAGUUUGUCAGUCCUCUCAUUCUCAAACUACUGAUCAUGUUUACUCGAGAUAAGACAGAGUACCAAUGGCGUGGUUAUCUGUAUGCCGUCCUGAUGUUUGUGGUUGCUUUUGUUCAGUCCUUCCUCUUACACCAAUACUUCCAUGGCUGUCAGUUGCUGGGUAUGAAGCUACGGACCGCCAUUAUAACCAUCGUUUACAGAAAGAUGUUACUUCUGUCAAGUGCGGCUCGACGUAACUCCACGGUAGGGGAGAUUGUGAACCUGAUGUCUGUAGAUGCUCAGCGGUUUAUGGAUCUGAUGACCUACUUCCAUACUAUCUGGUCUGGCCCCUUCCAGAUAGCAGUAUCUCUGUACUUCUUGUGGCAGACCCUUGGCCCAUCCGUCCUGGCUGGUACCGGCGUGAUGAUUGUGAUGAUUCCUGUCAAUGCCGUCAUUGCCAAAAAGUCACGAGACCUUCAGAUGAAACAAAUGAGACUGAAAGAUUCUAGAAUCAAACUGAUGAAUGAAGUUCUCAAUGGUAUAAAGGUUCUGAAGCUGUAUGCCUGGGAGAAAUCCUUUGAAAAUCAGGUGUUGGAGAUCCGUAACAAAGAGCUCCGGGUACUUAAGAAGAUGGCCUAUCUAAAUGCUGCAGUGUCAUUCACCUGGACCACUGCACCUUUCCUGGUGUCCUUGGUGACCUUCGCAGUUUAUGUACUGGUGGAUUCCAACAAUGUCCUAGAUGCAGAGAAAGCCUUUGUAUCUUUGUCUCUUUUCAACAUUCUACGUUUUCCUCUAUCGAUGCUUCCUCAGGUCAUUUCCAGUAUUGUACAGGUUAGUGUAUCUUUAAAGAGAUUACAGCACUUCUUAGACAAUGAACAGCUGGACAUCUUCUGCAUAGACAAGGAUCCCUCUGCUAAACAUGCGAUAACUGUGGAGAAAGGCACGUUUACCUGGGAGAAGGAAGCUGAAACACCCACACUCAGGGAAAUUAACCUGGAAAUACCUGAUGGAUCAUUGGUUGCUGUGGUAGGAUCAGUGGGGUCAGGAAAGUCCUCCAUUUUGUCAGCAAUUCUUGGGGAAAUGGAAAAGGUCAAGGGCAAGGCCAAUGUCAAGGGUUCAGUAGCUUAUGUGGCCCAGCAGGCCUGGAUCCAGAAUGCAACUCUGCAGGAUAACAUCCUGUUUGGCAAGCCCAAGUCCCAGUCAGAAUAUUCCAAUGUAUUAGAUGCUUGUGCCCUGAAAACUGACCUUGAAAUAUUGCCAGCUGGAGAUCAGACUGAGAUAGGAGAAAAGGGAAUUAAUUUGAGUGGAGGACAAAAACAGAGAGUCAGUCUGGCACGCGCUGUUUAUCAAGAUGCAGAUAUCUAUCUUCUUGACGAUCCUCUCAGUGCAGUUGACUCCCAUGUUGGCAAGCACAUCUUUGAUGAGGUGAUUGGACCAAAUGGACUUUUAAGGGAGAAGACACGAGUUUUAGUCACGCAUGGUAUUGGCUUUCUUCCCAAAGUCGACCUUAUAGUGGUCCUUGUGAAUGGUCAGGUCUCUGAAGUUGGAUCAUUCCAGGAGCUCAUCGGCCAUCCUGGUGCUUUUGCUGAGUUCCUUAAGAACUAUCUGACUGACGAACUAGACAAUGAAGAUGUAGAUUUGGACCUUGAAGAAAUUGAAGAAUUAAAGAAUUUAAAGAUGGCUGAGGAAAUUGUGUCUCAGCUGGGAUCAAUCAUGGAGGAUGAUCGCACAGCUAAACUACAGAAGCAAGUGUCUGUGAUAUCUAGUAGAUUGAGAACCAUGUCUGGAGGUUCUCAGGAGUUGGACGGUGAUGUGCCACGAGCAGAAACACCAGUGUCAUGGAAAGGCUCCCAACCAAAGUUCCCUACAUCGCCAAAAUUGAUGCGACAGAAAUCUGAGCACCCUGUUUCUAAGGAAGAGAAGGAGGCAGAAAUUCUGAAACGUCAAUUGCAGGAAAAGAAAAAGGAAGACAAACUCAUCCAAGCAGAGAGUGUAGAGACUGGCCGGGUGAAGCUGUCUGUGUUCCUGUCUUAUCUGAAAUCUGUGGGACCAUUCCUCAGUUGUAUCAUCAUUAUGUUCUACAUAAUGUAUAAUAUAACCAGUGUAUACUCUAAUAUCUGGCUCAGUGAGUGGAGCAAUGACGAGGCUGAGGCUGUUAAUGGCACCAUAGACACUGCCCAACGGGACCUUCGUCUGGGUGUGUACGGCGCACUUGGCUUUAUUCAAGGCCUUUUUGUAGUGUCUGCCUCACUGUGUAUGGCCAAAGGCUCCAUCCGUGCCACAACAACUCUCCACACAAACAUCCUUCACCGAGUCAUAAGGUCACCCAUGAAUUUUUUUGACACAACCCCGUUAGGUCGCAUCACCAACCGCUUCUCCAAAGAUGUGGAUACCAUUGAUCUUGUCAUUCCUGAGCUGUUCAAGGCCUUCAUGGUGUGCUUUCUCCAGGUUGUGAGCACUAUGGUGAUAAUCUCAAUGUCAACCACCAUGUUUUUGGCUGUCAUUGUACCCCUAGGAGUUGUUUACAUCACCAUCCAGAGGUUUUACGUGGCAACAUCUCGUCAGCUGAAGAGACUAGAAUCUGUGAGUCGGUCCCCAAUCUACUCUCACUUUGGGGAGACAGUGACCGGAGUAAUGACAAUUCGUGCUUACAGACAACAGGAACGCUUCAUCAGCGAGUCUGAGGGGAAAGUUGAUGAAAAUAAUAUUUGUUACUUCCCCAGUAUCGUAGCGAAUAGAUGGCUAGCUAUCCGUCUGGAGUUUGUGGCUAACUGUAUCGUGUUCUUUGCUGCAUUAUUUGCUGUCAUUGGACGUAAUGAACUCUCAGCUGGUCUGGUCGGUCUUUCCAUCACAUAUGCCUUAAAUGUGACACAGACCCUAAACUGGCUGGUGAGGAUGACCUGUGAACUGGAGACCAACAUUGUAGCUGUAGAGAGAGUGAAGGAGUACUCGGAGACUCCCACUGAGGCUCCUUGGGACAUAGAGGACAAGAAGCCUGACCCGAAAUGGCCAGAUUCUGGAAAGGUGUCAUUUCAAAAUUAUGGCACAAGGUAUCGGGAGGGUCUGGACCUUGUCCUAAAAGGGAUCAGUUGUGAGGUACAGCCUGGAGAAAAGGUUGGAAUUGUGGGAAGAACCGGAGCAGGAAAGUCCUCUCUGACCUUAGCAUUAUUCCGCAUCAUAGAGAAGGCCCAGGGCAGUAUCAUCAUAGAUGGGAUUGAUAUCUCCUCACUCGGACUGCAUGAUCUACGAUCCAAAAUCACAAUUAUACCUCAGGAGCCGGUUCUAUUUUCUGGCACACUUAAGAUGAAUCUCGAUCCUUUUGAGCAAUACACUGAUGCAGACCUAUGGAGAGCACUAGAACAUGCCCAUCUUAAAAAGUUCGUGAAGGAACUUCCUACAGAAUUAUUACACGAAUGUUCUGAAGGGGGUGAAAACCUCAGUGUUGGACAGAGACAGUUGGUAUGCCUGGCCCGGGCUUUGCUGAGAAAGACAAAGAUCCUUGUGCUAGAUGAGGCGACAGCAGCAGUAGACCUAGAGACUGAUGAUCUGAUACAGAACACCAUCCGGACAGAGUUCCAUGACUGUACCAUUCUAACAAUCGCCCACAGGCUCAAUACAAUCAUGGAUUAUGACAAGAUUAUGGUGUUGGACGCCGGGGUAAUUCGUGAAUAUAAAGCUCCUCAUGUCUUGUUACAAGAUAAGGACUCUGUAUUUUAUGGAAUGGCAAAAGAUGCUGGACUAGUGUUCUAAAUAUGUCUGUAUGUAUUUGUGAUGUAAAGUAACUUCAGGGAGUCUGCAACAUAUACAGACAACAAUGUCCACCGGCCUGUGCUUGUCACCAAUAAUACAAGUUUGUCCAUGUACACAGGAUUCCAUGACAUGUACUCAAGAUUCUGUGACAUGUUCACAUGAUUCUGUGACAUGUAAUCAUGAUUCUGUCACAUGUACCCAAGAUUCUGUGACAGGUACACAUAAUUCUGUGACAUGUACACAUGAUUCUGUCACAUGUACCCAGAUUUUGUGACAGGUAUACAAGAUUCUGUCACAUGUACACAUGAUUCUGUCACAUGUACCCAGAUUUUGUGACAGGUAUACAAGAUUCUGUCACAUGUACACAUCAUUUUGUGACAUGUACACAUGAUUCUAUACUUGUAUCAGUUUACUUGUUUCGAUAAUGCUGUGCUGUAUAUACAUAAUUUUAUGGCAUGUACACAUUGGUGUUACACUGUCAUCAUGUAUUGAUCUAGUGAUACUGCAUCACACUUUUGUACUAUUAUGUGCACUUAAUCUUGGCCUUAACACUUGUACUAGUAAGGUUUGC